AUGUAUUCUCAAAUACUGAGGGGCUACAAGGACGACAUAACAGAGAGGGUUGGUUAUUUCAACUGUUUAGCAGACGAGGUCCUGCCAAAUGACCCCGACAGUGAGAAUCUACGCAGGUCUUUUCACAGUAGGACAAAUCCGGUUAAGGCGCUCCGUAAGAUCGUCGACUAUUGCCUCCAGAGCGAGGAACGCGCGGAGAGAUUCCUGAAGGCUUUCGGUAAGAUAGACCCCUGGUUAUAUAAUGACCUGAGACAGUACGGACCACGAGGAAAGUUUGUCAGGAAAGCUCCUCCCGCUGUGACUUUGACAGAGAAUGUGUGCGCCGCGCUCGGCGACAAAGCCCACGCUCUAAGGUUCAUGCUUCUGAUACCGGAGUAUGCUCGGAGGAUUACACAGGUCAAGUCCGCGGUAGACGUAUUGGUGGCACACGAGCAAUUGCUUCCCGAAGAAUAUGCCGAGCUCCACGUAAACUCUGAUGAUGAGUACACUAUGAUCCGUUAUCUGGAGAACCUGUGCGGGGGCACUACCAUCCCCGAACCCAACCGUCAGUUCAUCUCCUUGGUGAUGUCUGCAUUUAACAUGCAUGUGUUUGGCCUGCUGCAAAUGUCUAUGAAAGAUGUCCUUGUGUUUCGUGUGUAG